AUAAAUAUUCAUGAUUUUGUGCAUGAUAAGUAUUGUUACUAAUUAUACUAAAGUAACGAAUGCCGAUAAUAUUGGUUAUAUUAACCUAAAUGUACUUGAGUUCUUUUCUGAUUAAAUAAUAAUAUUAAUUUUAAAAUGCCACUUUCAAAUGAAUAUGUGGAUCCAGAACAUAUUCAAACAAAAAGUAUUAUUAUAAUACAUCCAGGAUCAUUGUACUUGAAAAUAGGACGUGCUUCAGAUUUAAAUCCGCACACGGUUUUGCACGCAAUAGCGAGACGUCGGAAGAGAGGUGGUCUUGUUUAUAAAGAUACAUUUAUAACACCAGCAGUUAAUAAAAGUAAUAAAGAUGUUUUACAAGAAAUGGAAGAAACACGCUUAAAUGUAUCACAUACAUUACAAUCGUGUUUACAAUCAGAUGGACGUAGACGAUAUGCAACCCCACCUCAACAAAUAGCUGCAUUCAACAGACGUUCACAACCAGAACAAACAGAAGAACAUAUACAACAAAUAUGGGUCAAACCUGAAAGUGACGUUGAUAUAAUAGUUGGAAAUGAUAUAUUACAAUUGGAUCCAGCAUUAGAUUUUAACAUACAUUUUCCAAUAAAACGAGGUGAACUUAAUAUUCAUAAAGAUAUUGGUGGUUCAUUAACAUCAGUCUUAAAUGAUUUGGAAACUAUUUGGUUGUAUUGUAUACAAUCUUAUUUGAAUAUUCCAUCGAAUCAAUUAAAUAAUUAUAAAGUGGUAUUGAUUGUACCCGAUAUUUAUAAUCGAAUUUAUUUAAAAGAAUACAUGAAUUUAUUAUUGAAUCGAAUGGGUUUCUCUAGUUGUUUUUUAGUACAGGAUCAUGUCGCUGCUACAUUCGGAGCUGGUCUUGGCUAUGCAUGUGUUAUAGACGUUGGUGAUCAAAAAACAAGUGUAUCAUGUGUUGAAGAUGGUAUUUCACAUCGUAAUACCAGAGUUCGUAUGGAAUACGGUGGUGCAGAUAUAACUCAAACAUUUUAUUGGCUACUACAAAAAUGUGCAUUCCCAUACAAAGAAUGUUCCGAGGAUAGUAAUAAAUUAGAUGCCAUGUUAUUACGUAAAUUAAAAGAGGACUUCUGUCACGUGAACCUGGAUAUAUGUGGAGCUCAAGAGAAAUCAUUUUUGGUUAACAAUAAAAAAUAUACUUUACAAGUUGGUGAUGAAUGUAUAGUUGCCCCAUUGUCGUUGUUUACUCCGGAAUUGUUUGGGAUUACUGGAAAAAAAUAUAUUUAUACACAAAAGUCAAAUUUAGCUGGUGAUCCCGAAGAUCCACACGAUGGUAAUUAUUUACGAGAGACAUCCAGGCGUGCGAUUAAAGAAAAUGAAUCGGCAAAUAUGUUUAAUGAGUUUAAUAAUACAAUGUUGUUCAAAGAUGAUAAUAAUGAUAGUACUACAAUUAAACAGGAAGUCGGCGCUGAUGAAGAUAUUGUUGUUGAUGCGAUUAUUGAUAAUACGUUAAAUACGAUACCGUAUCAUGUGCAAGAUGGUAAAGAAUUUACGAUUUUAAAUCCGGAACAAGUUAUUGGAUUGGAUCAAGCUGUAUUACAGAGUAUUGAACGAUGUCCUAAUGAAGAUCUCAAACGUAAAAUGUACGCUUGUAUAUUAGUGGUUGGAGGUGGAAUGAAAUUUAUUGGAAUCGGUACAUGGCUACAAAAUCGUAUAUCAUUACAAAUACCAUACAUUUAUAGAUCUGAACAGAUGGAUAUUAUUACACAACCAAAAGAUAUGGAUCCAUCGUGGACUACGUGGAAAGGAGCUGCUAUCAUGUCAUGUUUAGAGUCUGCAAAUGAAUUGUGGAUUUAUCAGAAUGAAUGGAAUAAUAAUGGUGUUAAAAUACUAAGAGAACGUGCCCCAUUUAUGUGAUUUAAAGAGGGAAAAAUGAUAUGAUGGUGAAUUUUCAUUCAAUCAAUAUCGAAGCAGUGUUAAUAGCGAGGUAAGCGACCUUGAAAAUCUG